ACCUUGGAAGAAUCAAACAAUCCCUCUUUUUCAUCUUCCUUUCCCACAUUUUCCCUCCUUUUUCUUUUCCUCUGGCAAUCAUUCAUUCACCUUUCUUACCAAAUUUCACUGCCAUCGCCUAUCAAUCAAUACUGAACACUAACAUUUUUAGUCCCGUUUUCUGAGGAUGGAAGUUCGUGAGGAUCAGGAUGAAGAACGUAGCCCGGAAAAGAAUAUGCUUCCACCGCCAGUCGGAACCUUUCCGACCCGUGAAAAGCUUCUUAAACACGUCCGAGACUUUGCCUUGACACAGGGAUACAUGGUUUCCAUUAAGGAUUCUGCAAAGGAUAGGUAUGUAACAAUUGCCUGUGACCGAAGUGGUGUUUACCGUAAAAGGCUCAAAACCGGCGAGGGUAUGCGACAAAGGAAGAAUAACUCUCGCCUCACAAAUUGCCCUUUUGAAGUAGUGGGGAAAAAGGAUGAGGAUUCAUGGACACUCACCAUUAAGAAUGGAGAACACAACCAUGAGCCUUCGAAGGACACUUCUGACCACCCUUCUUGUCGUCGGUUUAGUGAAGAAGAGGUGCUGUUGAUAAGGGAAAUGACUUCAGCUGGUAAGAGGCCACGCCAAAUUCUCAAGGCUUUGAAGCAAAGAAACCCAAAUCUUGUGUCUGAUUCCAGGAAUGUUUACAACAUUAAAGCUAAGAUCCAUCGAGAAAUUUUAUCAGGCAAGAGAAUGGAGUCGUCAUCGUCAUCGCCUCCAUCAUCAGCCAUAAAUGAUGUGUUGAGGAGGUUCAUGACAUUGGAACAACAACCAAUGGUACUCCAGAAUGGUGCGAAAGUGACUGAUACAAAGACUUUAGCAGCAGAGCUCUGCUGCCGCAUCUACUCUCUUGGAUGGUUUUCGGUUGUUGGAGGCAGCAUUGCCAUCAAAGUCCAUGAUGAAUCCGUUCCUAAGCCUGCACAGCUCAUUAUCAUGUCCCCUAUUGGUGUUCAGAAGGAAAGAAUGGAUGCAGAGGACAUGUAUGUGCUAUCUUCAGAUGGAUAUAUAUUGUCGACACCUUCUCUUAAUCCUUAUCCUCAUAAGCCCCUGAAAUGUAGUGAUAUUCUUCCCUUCAUGAAGGUGUUUGAGAUGUGUAAUGCAGGGGCUGUUGUUCACAGUCUUGGGAUGCAGUCUUGUAUUGUAACAAUGCUUAAUCCAUCCUCAAAGGAGUUUCGAAUCACACAUAUGGAGAUGAUAAAAGGAAUUCCGGGACAUGGUUAUCAUGAUGAACUUGUCGUCCCAAUAAUUGAGGACACUGCACAUGAAGAGGGGCUCAUGGAGGCUCUUGCUGAAGCUAUCAGUGCUUACCCCAAAACAACAGCAAUACUUGUUCGUAACCACGGGGUGUAUAUAUGGGGUGAAUCAUGGAUCAGCGCAAAAACUCAGGCUGAAUGUUAUCACUAUCUCUUCGAUGCUGCUAUCAAGCUUCAUCAGCUGGGAUUAGAUUGGUCUACACGUAGUCAUGGUCCUCUUCAGAAUGCUAGAGUAUCUUGGGGAUGUAACAGGAAUUUCAACAGAGCUCCAAAGGCAGGGGCUCAGAGUUCAGAUUAUGUGAUCGAGCCUUCCCAACGAUGUGUACUUCUUGACAUUGAAGGGACAACAACUCCUAUAUCGUUUUUCACCGAUGUUCUUGUACCAUAUGCCCAUGAUAAUGUUGGAAAGCAUUUUUCUUCUACUUAUGACAGUGAAGAAACUCAGAACGAUAUUGAUUUUCUACGUUCUCAAAUUGAGAAUGAUUUGGAACAAGGUAUAAUUGGUGCUUUGCCUAUUUGUCCAGAUUAUCUUGGAAAAGAGUUGGUUAUUGCUUCUUUAGUUGCUAAUAUAGACGCAAUGAUUAGUGCUGACAGAAGUGUUCCUUCUCUAAAACAACUGCAAGAUCACGUGUGGAGAAUUGGAUUCCAAACCAAUCAGUUGGUGGGUGUUUUAUUUGAUGAUGUUGCAGAAGCUCUUGAGAGAUGGCAUAGUUUGGGCUUUAACGUGUACAUAUACUCCAGUGGUAGCAGAGAAACACAGCAGCUUCUGUUUGCAAAUUCCAAUUAUGGGGACUUGAGAAAGUACUUGUGCGGAUACUUUGAUACCUCAAUCGGAAACAAAAAUGAAAUACAUAGUUACAUCGAGAUUUUGCGAACAGUGGGAGUAGAUAAGCCAGCUGACAUGUUGUUCAUUACAGAUGUUCUUCAAGAAGCCGUGGCUGCAAGGGCUACGGGGUUGGAAGCAAUAAUAUCUAUCCGGCCGGGCAACGGAACCCUUCCAGAGAAUCAUGGAUUUAGAACAAUCGAGUCCUUACUGGAAAUAUGAAACUCUGUUUUUGGUCAUGAUGGUUUAUAUUUUUUCAGGUGUACAUAAAUUUUGAUUCACUAUUGUAAAUAUCACAAUUCUAGUAUCAAUUGUCCUUGUUUAUGAAAAUUGUGUUUAGGGGAAUUCAUUCGGAUCUGCGUGUCAAGGGAAAAGAAGGGUAUAUUGUUAUUUUUCAUCUUUUUCAACA